CCGGAAACACCCGGCGACACCCGGAAGUAGCGUGAUUUGGUGCACGUGGGCCUAGCCAUGGCGGCCCAUCGCUGCGGCCCGCUUAAGCAGCAGAACAAAGCUCAUAAAGGCGGGCGGCAUCGUGGUCGAGGGUCGGCGCAGCGGGAUAACAAAGGUCGCGUAGAACUGAAAGUCCUGUGCAAGAGGGUGAGAAAACAUCUUAGCCGAUUAGACCAGAGGCAUCGCGCCAAUCAGCUCCGAAAGCAGAAGAAGGAGGCGGUUCUGGCAGAGAAGAGACAGCUGGGAAGGAAGGAUGGGCCUCCUCAUCAAGUGCUUGUGGUGCCUCUGCACAGCAGGAUUUCCUUGCCCGAAGCCUUUAGACUGCUUCAGGAUGAAGACUUGGGAACAGUGCACUUGAAUGAAAGGGGAAGCACACAUAGCUUCAUGCUGCUGUGUCCUCGUUUGAAACACAGGUGUUUUUUCACGUCUGCAAGACCAGGGGAUCUGCAUACUGUGUUAGACUUGGCUAAAGUUGCUGAUACCAUCCUUUUCCUUCUUGAUCCAUUAGAAGGCUGGGACAGCACUGGGGAUUAUUGCCUCUCCUGCCUCUUUGCUCAGGGCCUUCCAACCUAUACACUAGCUGUUCGGGGGCUUUCUGCCCUCCCACCAAAGAAGCAAGUAGAUGUCAGAAAGAAGCUAAGUAAAGCUGUGGAGAAACGCUUUCCUGAAGACAAACUCCUCUUACUAGAUACCCAACAGGAAGCAGGGGUAUUGCUCAGGCAGUUGGCUAACCAAAAGCAAAGGCAUCUUGCUUUUCGAGAUCGGCGGGCCUACUUGUUUGCUCAUGUUGCUGAUUUUGUACCUGGUGAAGAGAGUAACUUAGUGGGCACCUUGAAAAUCUCAGGCUACGUUCGUGGAAGGACUCUGAAUGUAAAUAGACUGCUGCAUAUUGUUGGACAUGGUGAUUUCCAAAUUAAACAAAUAGAUGCUCCCAUGGACCCUUUCUCUUUAAAUCCUACAGUGAGUAAAUCUUCAAAGGAACCAACCAUGGCAAUGGAGGUUGUUGCUGCAGAUGCUGUGACUGAUAUGGAAGAAGACCUUAAGGUCCUCAUGAAGGCAGACCCUGAUAGACAAGAGUCUUUACAAACAGAGGUUAUCCCAGAUCCAAUGGAAGGAGAACAGACCUGGCCCACUGAGGAGGAGCUGAAUGAGGCAAAUGACUUCUUAAAGCAAAGUUCCAAGGUGGUAAAGAAGGUCCCGAAAGGAACAUCCAAUUACCAGGCUGAAUGGAUUUUGGAUGAAGGUGAUGAAAGUAGUGGGGAAGGAGAUGAAUAUGACAAUAUACAGCAUGAGGAUUUUAUGGAAGAGGAGGACUCUCAAGAUGAGAGCAGUGGAAAAGAGGAGGAGUAUGAAACUAUGACUGUAGGGGAGUCUGUGCAUGAUGACCUCUAUGAUGAGCAACUGGAUGAAGAAGCUGAGCAGAAAAUGUUGGAGAAAUAUAAAGAAGAAAGACUGCAAGAAAUGUUUCCAGAUGAAAUGGAUACCCCCCGUGAUGUGGCGGCUAGAAUUAGAUUCCAAAAAUACAGAGGCCUCAAGAGCUUCCGGACAUCUCCUUGGGAUCCUAAAGAAAACCUUCCACGAGAUUAUGCUCGGAUCUUUCAAUUUCAGAAUUUCACCAAUACUAGAAAAAAUAUCUUUAAAGAGGUUGAGGAAGAUGGAGCUGAAGGUGCUGAGGUUGGGUGGUAUGUCACAAUUCAUGUCUCUGAAGUCCCUGUCUCAGUAAUUGAGUAUUUCAGACAAGGAGCACCCUUGAUUGUAUUUUCUUUGCUACCUUAUGAACAGAAGAUGUCAGUUUUGAACAUGGUGGUGAGUCGAAACCCUGGCAAUGCUGAGCCUGUGAAAGCCAAAGAGGAGUUGAUCUUCCAUUGUGGAUUCAGGCGGUUCCGAGCAUCUCCUUUAUUCUCUCAGCACACUGCGGCGGAUAAACAUAAAUUUCAGAGAUUCCUCACUGCUGAUGCUGCCUUAGUGGUGACAGUGUAUGCUCCAAUCACUUUUCCACCUGCAGCUGUGCUGCUUUUCAAGCAGAAGAGCAAUGGAAUGCACAGCCUCGUUGCGACAGGCCAUCUUCUGUCAGUGGAUCCAGACAGAAUGGUCAUCAAGAGAGUUGUUCUGAGUGGUCAUCCCUUUAAAAUUUUUACCAAGAUGGCAGUGGUGCGUUACAUGUUCUUUAACAGAGAGGAUGUGAUGUGGUUUAAACCAGUGGAACUCAGAACAAAAUGGGGCCGUAGGGGACACAUCAAGGAACCUUUAGGUACCCAUGGACACAUGAAGUGCAGUUUUGAUGGGAAGCUAAAAUCUCAGGACACGGUACUAAUGAACCUCUAUAAACGGGUUUUUCCCAAAUGGACUUAUGAUCCUCAUGUACCAGAACCAAUACCUUGGGUGAAAAAUGAGGCUUCAAUAGUACCUGAAAUGGAUGUGGAAUAGUGGAUUAAAUGGGAUUCUGUUUUAACUGCUGCCAGUCAGCACUCAAGCAGUGGGAGCCUUCUGAUUGUAAUUAGACAGUUUGUGUUUUCUACUUUAGCCUAAUGCUGGCCACUUAGAAAAAUCUAAUCUUGGCAUUAACAA